AUGACAGAGCGAGAACAUAGGAGUGCUAAGCGUAAAUGGAAAACUGCAAAUAAGAAACGUCGAGAACGACAAAAAACUGCUCAACAAAUUAUGGACAUUACACCGACGUCGAGCCCGCGGUCAGGAACUCCAGUUUUACCGAGGUCUAGAGGCCGAAAACAAAUACGAAGAGAUAGAUCUGCAGUGUACAGAAAUAAUUUGAAAUUGCAGGAAGAAAUAGAAAAGUUGAAAAGAAUGUGUAGUAAAUAUAAAAAGAGAUACCAAAGAGCUAAAACGUCAAUCAAACACACGGAACAAAUGCUCUCUACAAAACCAGGGUUAUCGCUCACCAAAACACUGAAGGAGUUAAGCAAGGUCCGUUUGUAUUUAGUGACGGACAGUGACAUACAAAACAUUGAAAAAGCUCUACCUAAAAACCUUGUACCACUUCAAGGUACGAUGCUAGUACAUCAAGUUUUUACUGACACUCCCGGUGAACUUCAAUAUAGAGAUCUCAGUUGCUUUUGCCAAAGAGGUUUUUGCUCAUGCAUGAGCCCAAAAACUUAUCACCCUGUUCCUGCUCCCGUUAUUGACACACUUACAGAAGGUAUUCUCUUGGAUGGAUUGGAUGAGGAAAUAGUUCUCGAUGAUAUUUUAUAUAUAAUUACCGUACCUAGAAGAACAUUUUACAAUACGGUUUAUUCCACACCUUCCAGCUCUGAUGACGAGUUCUUAGCCAGCUAUAGCCAACCAUCAGUUUCUAAUAUAAAAGAAAGGCAAUUAAUUGAAAAGGAAAAUAUUCAUCCUACAAAGAUAUCAGACGGUGUCCAUGUCUUAGUAAAAGUGUCUUCUGUUAAAGACAAACAUUACACUUAUCUAGGUGUUGCUAAAAGUGAAGUUGAUGAAGAAGGAGACGUCAAAAUUAUGUUUUACAAGACAGUAGAUAAAACUGGUAAAAGGUUCAAAGCAGUAGAUACUGAUAUUUCUUACGAACCUUACGAUAACAUCUUAGAAAUUGUUCCUAAUCCUAAAAUUGUCGUAAAAGCUAAGAAAGUGGUACGACAGGAUUGGUAUCAACGUGACCUACUUGUAUGCGAUGUGGGCACCUGUCAUCACAACCUGCGGAUGUAUGAGGACGCCGACACCCACGUAAGAGUUGUUGAGUGCAGUGAGCGCCACAACCCAGGGGAACUCGCCGAACUGGGAUUCGUGACCCUGGAACAAGACAAGAAACCAUGCAAAAUUAACAUAUUGAACUCGAAGAACGGAGGUAGGACCUGACACUGCUUCUGAUGCUUUUGAAUAUGAUUUUGACGUAAUAGGACAAUUCGGAAUUUCCCGAAUUUUCUUUCGAGGUCAAAUAGAAUAGGCCCUGUGGUGUCAUGUUAAUUGGUACGAGUUAUAAGUAAAAAAAUAAUCUUUGUACAUUAUUAACGGCAAAUGUCACUUACAGUCCCUCCUUUGAUCGUGAAGUCCAGUCCCGCCGGGUUCCUGUAA